ACGUCUUCAGAUCGCGACCCGGGACCUGCGGCCCGGCUGUCAUGUGGCUGGGCCGCCACCGGUGGUUCCCAGUUCUUCUGCAGGGGAGCCUCACCCUCCGUCGCCUCGGCCCUGCCAGGACUUGGGGUGGUUGUAGGGGUCAGAUGGCGGAAACAUUCUCGACUGGGGCCGAGGCAGCGACUGAGCUGAAGGCUCCGGCUCAACAAAACGGAGACGCUAGUGGCGACGCGAGGGGCGAGCGACCCGCCGGGAGCCGGAAGCCUGUGGGCUGGGGAGUGGAGCCGGCCCGGGAAGACGGGAAGCAGACCCCACUGAGCGAGGAACAGGCCUCGGUUGCAGCUUCGGGCCCAGGCAAGCGUAAGAAGCGACGGGACGCCACCAGGGAGCGCGUCGUGCCACCCCCGAAGAAGCGGCGGGCAGGGGUGAGCUUCGGCGAUGAGCACUUUGCAGAGACCAGCUACUACUUCGAGGGCGGCCUGCGCAAAGUGCGGCCUUAUUACUUUGACUUCCAGACCUACUGCAAAGGCCGCUGGGUGGGGCACAGCUUGCUGCACGUCUUCAGCACCGAAUUCCGAGCCCAGCCCCUGUCCUACUAUGAGGCUGCAGUCCGGGCGGGGCGCCUGCACCUCAACGAGGAGCCGGUACAGGACCUCAGCAUUAUGCUCAAGGACAAUGACUUCUUGCGGAACAGAGUGCACAGGCAUGAGCCACCAGUCACAGCAGAGCCUGUCCGCCUGCUAGCUGAGAAUGAGGAUGUGGUGGUUGUAGACAAGCCUUCUUCCAUUCCUGUCCAUCCUUGUGGCCGCUUCCGACACAACACUGUCAUCUUCAUCCUGGGCAAGGAGCACCAACUCAAGGAGCUACACCCAUUGCAUCGGCUUGACCGCCUUACCUCGGGGGUACUCAUGUUUGCCAAGACAGCGGCUGUCUCAGAGAGAAUUCAUGAGCAAGUUCGGGACCGGCAGCUGGAGAAGGAGUAUGUGUGCCGGGUUGAGGGGGAGUUCCCCACGGAGGAAGUGACCUGCAAGGAGCCCAUCUUGGUGGUAUCUUACAAGGUAGGAGUGUGCCGUGUAGAUACUCGGGGCAAGCCCUGUGAGACAGUGUUCCAGAGACUAAGCUACAAUGGCCACUCCAGUGUGGUGAGAUGCCGGCCUCUCACGGGCCGCACUCACCAGAUCCGAGUUCACCUCCAGUUUCUGGGCCACCCCAUCCUCAAUGACCCCAUCUACAACUCAGUUGCCUGGGGCCCCUCCCGGGGACGAGGUGGCCACAUUCCCAAGACAGAUGAGGAACUGCUUCGGGACCUUGUGGCAGAGCACCAAGCCAAACAGAGUCUGGAUGUGCUAGAUCUCUGUGAGGGCGAUCUGCCCCCAGGACUCAUAGACUCUACAGCUCCCUCCUCAGAGGUGGGCAAGGACCACAUAGAAGAGUUGGCUGCAUCUGCCCAGAAGAUGGAUGGAGCAGUUGAGGCAACCCCUCAGGAUCUGGACACAAUGACCUUGGCACCAGGGAAGGCAGCUGAAACAGAUGUUGUGAAUCAAGAGAUAGACCCCCUCUGUGCAGAGUGCCGGUUGGUGCGACAAGACCCCUUGCCCCAGGACCUUGUGAUGUUCCUGCAUGCUCUGUGCUAUAAAGGGCCAGGGUUUGAGUACUUUUCACCCAUGCCUGCCUGGGCACAGGAUGAUUGGCAAGAAGACUGAGGACUAUGGCCAAUGGAGCAAUUGCUUCUUGAAGUGGAAAAGGAAUGGGCCAUGGAGUAGGAUCUGACCUUGUGGGCUAGUACUCAGGGUUUCUAUAGGAGUGAGGUUCUUAAAGGAUCUGCUUAUACUUGCUACCUCCUUCUUUCCUCUCCCUCUAGCUAGAGUUAGGGAACAUAUUGGUUUGUAAAUAUAUCUUUUUUCUGACA